AUGAAACAUAGGGUAGGCCGCUCCCUAAUUCUCUUUCCUGUACCAUAUCAAGGUCAUAUAAACCCCAUGCUUCAACUUGCAAACAUCCUGUAUUCCAAAGGGUUCUCCAUCAUCAUAAUCCAACUUCCCUUAAACCCUCCAAAUCCUCUGAACUACCCUCACUUUACCUUCUAUUCGAUUCCCGAUGGCCUCUUGGAACAAGAGGCUUGUACUGCAGAUGCCACACAAUUGCUGGUACUCAUCAAUAUCAAAUGUGUUAAACCCUUUAGUGAUUGUUUGUCUAAGUUGUUGUUGGACGUUAAGGAGGAUCCAAUUUCUUGCAUAAUUACAGAUGCCCACUGGUACUUCACUCAACCUGUUGCUGAUAGCGUUAAGCUUCCAAGGAUUGUGAUACGGACCGGUGACAUUUCUUCCUUCCUUGUUGCUGCUGCUUUUCCACUCCUGCGAGAAAAGGGUUAUUUCGGAACCAAAGAUUCUCAACUAGAGGAACCAAUUAUAGAGACACCCCCACUUAAAGUGAAAGAUCUUCCAUUUCCAGUAGUUAAAACACAAGACCAAGAAGAACUUCAUAGUUAUGUAGCCCGAAUGAUAAAUGGAAGCAAGGGCUCAUCAGGACUCAUUUGGAACUCUUUUGAAGAGCUCGAGCAAGAUUCACUUACUAGAUUUUGUCAGGAGUUUCCUAUUCCCAUUUUCACAAUAGGUCCAUUUCACAAAAUAUUUGAAAUGGGAUUACGUACGUAUGAAUUGUUGGAGAUGUUUUCUGGAGGAGGACCGAGUGGUGUGGCCUAUGGACUAUCACCGAAGUUAUUGUACGAUGGUGGAGUUGCAAAUGCUCGACAAUUUCUUCAAUUUUAUAUCAAGAUUGAUGCAAAUCUUGAUCCCAUCUCACCGGUCCUCAAUAUCAAAUGUGUUAAACCCUUUAGUGAUGGUUUGUCUAAGUUGUUGUUGGAUGUUAAGGAGGAGCCAAUUUCUUGCAUAAUUACGGAUGUUCUCUGGUACUUCACUCAAGCCCUUGCUGACAGCAUUAAGCUUCCAAGGAUUGUGCUAUCGACCAUUGACAUUUCUACAUUCCAUGUUCUUGCUGCUCUUCCACUUCUGCGAGAAGGGUUAUUAUGGAACCAAAGUAACCUAAAGCAUCAGGGUAUCUUAACCAGCUAUCAGCCAUUUAUGCAUGAGUUUCUGAAGUAUUUUCCACUAGAAGAACCAGUUAUAGAGGCUCCCCUACUUAAAGUGAAAGAUCUUCCGGAAGUUAAAACACAAGACCCAGAAGACUUUGAUCAUUAUAGAGCCCGAACGUUGACCGAAAGCAAGGCUUCUUCAGGAUUCAUUUGGAACACUUUUGAAGAGCUCCAGAAAGAUUCACUUACUAGAUUUUGUCAGGAGUUUCCUAUUCCCAUUUUCACAAUAGUAGUAGCUAGAUAUGCAAGUGAUGCUUGGAAAAUUGGGAUACACUUGGAUGAUAUUGUUGAGAGAGGGAAGAUAGAGAGGAUAAUCAAAAGAUUAAUGGUAGAGGCAGAAGGGCAAAGGAUAAGGGAGAGAAUUAUGUCUUUGAAAGAGAAGGUAAACAUUUGUGUAAGGAAAGGGGGCUCUUCUUACCGCUCUCUUGCAAGCUUGGUCGAUUACAUUUUAUCUUUCUAG